GGCUAAGCCAGGGAAGGGGAGACUUUUGAAUGUCGGGGAAGGCUUCGCCUCACUUAGUGCGCAGGCGCAUGAAAUGCCGAUGCGCAGUGAGGGAGAAAUGCCGUUUGGUGAACUGUGAGACGGCGAGGCGGACGUGGCGACGCUGUAGAGACAGAUUUUGAGCGCAGGGCGCCCGAGCAUAUGCAAAGUGCAACUGACUGGUGGUUGAGAAGGUCUUGCAGGGCUGGCGCCAACUUUUAAAACUGAUUCUCACUAAGAAAAGAAAAAGUCUGAGGAAACAGCCCGAAAGGGCGAGGAAGAAGAUUAAAGGGGCGCUCCGCCAAUCACCGCCCGGUCGGUUCACGCUCCGCCAAUCACAGCCUGGGAGAAUUUAGGGCUCGCGGUCAAGGGGGCGGGGAAAGGCGUUGCCCGGGCCUGGCUGGGCUUUGAAUCGGGGUUUCCAUGGCGACCACGACGCGUGUGGAGCUGCGUCGGUUGGCGCAGGAGGCCGAGGCUCUGGCCGGUGUCGUCCGCGGCUCUCUGGGGCCCCGCGGCGGUCAGGCCCUGCUCACGCGCCCCACGGGGGAAGCGCUGCUCUCGCGAGACGGGCAGAGGGUACUGGAGACCCUGAACGUGGCCUCGCCCACAGCCAGAAUGAUGAUAGCAUGUAUUUCCACACACUGCAACCUGAUUGGAGAUGGAGCUAAAACAUUCAUCAUCCUGCUCUCCGCUUUACUCCAAGGACUUGAAACACUUAUCGAAAGAGACAGUUCUGUGUUUUGUGAGCACGUUCACGGAAGAGAGAAACAGAAGGGAAAAUGUUAUGGGUUGAACCAAGUCUCCCGGUUUCUUGUGACUUUCCAAACCCACAUCUUGGACUUCAUAAUGACGCAGGACCUAGGAAGACAUUUUACGUCUGUCUUUUCUGCUGACGACGUGGACAUAAACAGAAGCACAGUGGAGUCAGUAUUAGAAGCUUAUUUUUGCGGGAAAGUAGGCAACAAUUGGCAAAAGUUUCUUUCCCAGUUGAGCUGUGAUUUCUAUUACAAAGCCACUGCUGGUAAAAAUACAACCGAAGUACUGCAUUUUGUGGAUGAAUGUUUUGCCGAGUUGCAUAUCGCUGUGAUGGGUCUUCCAGUUUCAUGCUCAAGGAUCCUAGAAGGGCUCGUUCUUCAAAGAGAUUUUGCUGUGUAUUGUCCCUCAGAGGGUGAGAAAAGAAUUCUGAUCGUGACAGAACCGAUCCAUGCAGCUCUUUCUGACUUAAGUGUAGAAACAGUUAUAACUGGUGAACCUCAGUAUCAAGCAUCUGAACUCUGGAUUGCAAAAAGAACAGAAACUAUAAUAAGACACAUGCAGCACAAUAAUAUCAAGGUAUUACUAUCCAGUGUAAAACAACAGGAAGUGGUUCAUUAUUGUGCACAGCGUUGUGGCAUAUCAACUGUAGAAUGCCUGUCGCAGGAGGAAAUCUCUCUUAUUUGCAGCAUUACAAGAAUCUCACCUUUUAGGCCUUCUCAGGACAAUAUUCACACUGCAAUCACUGAAGCUGCCUUUGCAAAAUUUUGCCAGCCUUUGCAUCUUGGUGGAAAGAGAUGCAUCCACAUCAAUUUGACAGGGACUCAUGCCUUUCAUCCUCACUGCGUGAUUCUCUGUGGGCCUGUCCGUGGGGUUACUGAGCAGCAUGCUUGUGCUUUUUACGGGGCCUUCAAAAUGCUACGGCAAAUGUUUACGGUAGUUCAUCUAACUGAGUGUCAUGAACCAAAAUCUGAAAGUCAGAACAGUUUAAACAGUCAGUGGGGUUGUGCUGAACAGCAUCAGUUUAUGGAAGGACCCACCGAUAGUGAUAAUAUUCAGGCUAAUGACAAGCAAUUGAUACCUUGUGGGGUUGAAAUGGAAAAAUGUUCUGUAGUUCCUACUCCAGUAGGAGCCAAACAGCUUGCAGGUUCACAGACAGAUGCAUGCAAAUCCUCAUGCGUCACCCCGCCCUGUGCAGAUUUAGAACAUAAUAUUAUGUACUCAGUGCUGAGUGUAAGUCAGAAUGGAGUAGUUGACUUACAAAAGCUGUCUCUGCAAUAUAAUCAUCCAGACAAAACAGGAGCGUGUGAAAACGAGCUGUCUGAAAAUCAGUGUGUUCACGCUACAGUAGAGGAAAGCGCUAGUUGCAGACAUGCAUUAAUGCAGCUACAGGCCAAUAAGGAUAGUUAUACAGGGCCCAAUUGUGGAGUUUCAGUUAAAGAUGGAGGGAACAAGAAAAGCUGUAUCCAAGGUAACACCAGUUUUUCGAUCAAGGCCGGAGACGUUGUGCCAGCAGGAGGAAUCUUUGAGAUCCUGCUGCAUUACUAUCUGUCUUGCUAUGCGAAGCAGUGCCAGUCAACCAGUGUGUCCAUUCUGUGCUCCCUAAUUGCUGACGCUUUGCUAAGCAUUCCAAAAACCCUCUGCAAGACAUUGGGGAAAAAUGCUUUUGCUCGAGUCUAUCUCGAAGUUAUUGGGGCCCUCAAAAAUAAGCGGCAGCCCCUGCUGACCAGUCAACAAAGCCUUGAAUCGGUGUCCUGCAAGUAUCACUUGAUGGCUUCUGUCCUUCAGUGUGCAGCAAGGCUUCUGAAUAUUGACCUGAUAGUUAGCAUUAAGCAACUGCCUCAGAAGGCCGUAGGAAGUGACUCGGAAGAUGAUCAGUGAGAGCCGGCUGCAGGUGCGCUUGGUAGUUGCUAAAGUCAGAUGUUACGGAGAAUAUGCGGAUGUUUCUUGGUCCUGAAAGCAGCUAUUCCAGUGUACUCCCAAGCAGCUUGAACAUUCCAGUGCAAACCUGUUCAGGCAGGCAAUAUUCAAAUGACAGCCCGGCUAUACAUAUUUACCCAGUGAGGACAGCCCCACUGAGAGUUCUGCUGUUCCUCUUCCUCAUUUGGAUUUAUACCCCACUUUUCUCAACCGUAAGGAGUCUCAAAAUGGCUUACAAACUCCUUCUCUUCCUCUCUCCACUACACAUAACCUUGUGCAGGUGAAUGUGACUAGCCCAAGGUCUUCCAGUAGACUUCAUGUGGAGAAGCGAGGAAUCAAAC